AUGCAAGCCCGGCUACCACGGGAACUGCGUGAUUUAAUAUACGACUACAUCUGGGACGAGGAUUUUCUCGGGCUAACGUCGGGGUACAUGUCUCCCGCUGCAGGAAGUAGUACAUACCUCUGGCUGAAGCCACAUCUACGCCCCCGUGGCGGCCACAGCACGAAACCCAUAGUCAUCAAUCCCGGAUACGUCGAUCUAGACACGGCCCGAGAAGCCUUGGAGGCGUACUACCGCGUUUCGGCCUAUCGCAAAGAUGCUUUCUUGGUCAGGAGUCCCGAACGAAUACGUUCACUGCUUCACGAUGAUGUGUUCAAUCUUGGUGUACUGCCAACAGAGCAUCUACGAGCGAUGGAUCUGCAUCUUACGCAGGAACAGUUUCAAUGGGAUACACCGGCAAAGAUCAACGAAGCUAUGCUGAGCGAAGCGUUCGCCCAACUCACCAAAGGUAUCCGCCGGAAGAAAGACUUCAAGCUGCGUAUCAUGAUCACACAAACAGAGAUUCGCCUCAAACAAUGGGACUUACUAUUUGGCAUUCUAGUCCCUUUUUGCCAUGCCUUCCAAGCGGAAGGAGCGCAAGUCAGUGUAUCUUGGGGUUACACAAGGUCAAAUUGGUAUUCAGAAACGAUUAGGUGCGUAUACUCGCUUGAUGAGAUCAUUAGGGUAUGGACUCCGUACCUAGAUUGGGAGGAAAAGGUCAUUGAGUUUCUGGACGGGCAGAGCGAGAUUACAGAUUCUAGAAGGAAGUACCGCAAUGAGGAUGAAGAGGAAGAGGAAGAGGAAGAGGAAGAUGUGUCGUAUCCACAUGAGUCGAAUUCGGAUGAGUCGGAUCCGGAUGAGUCGGAUUCAGAUGAGUCGGAUUCAGAUGAUUCGGAUCGAAUGAGUUUAGUUGACGAUAAAUGA